ACCAAAAGAAAAGCAAAAGAAAGUUAAUUCCACUGUGUAGACAAAAGAAGCUUUUACUCGUAUAGUUUCUUUUAUUAUCAUCAUUAUUAUUAUUAUUACUAUUACCUAUUAAUUAGCUAAUCCCAUAUGUACACUUCUUAUAAUAGGCCCUCUUAACCAUUCUCCACAUCUCUCUCUCCUUCUCAUCUUAAAUCUUUGCUUCAACAAGUACCAAGAAAGAGACUGGUUUUGUUCUCAACUGGGGGAAAAUGGUUAAGUUAGGAGGUGUUCUGGUUUGCCUCUUGAUUGUUGCAAUUGAUGUUGUUGCUGGUAUUCUUGGCAUCCAAGCAGAAAUGGCACAAAACAAGGUUAAGCACUUAAGGCUGUGGAUAUUUGAGUGUAGAGACCCAAGCCAGGAUGCUUUCAAGUUAGGGUUAGCUGCAGCAGCACUAUUAGGUCUUGCUCAUGUUCUUGCUAACUUGCUUGGAGGUUGCAUGUGCAUUUGUUCUCAAGAAGAGCUUCAAAGAGCUUCCCCUAAUAAGCAGCUUUCUGUGGCAUGUUUCUUCUUUACUUGGAUCAUAUUAGCCGUUGGAUUGUCGAUGCUGGUGAUUGGCACUUUGUCAAAUAAUAAGUCAAGGGCUUCUUGUGGUUUCACACACCAUCAUUUUCUUUCUAUAGGAGGCAUUUUGUGUUUUGUUCAUGGGCUCUUUUGUGUUGCAUAUUACGUUUCUGCCACUGCCGCUUUUAGCGAAGAAGAGAAGUAUGGAGGUGCUUAAUGAGUAAUGAUUUAGCUUUUCACAUAUAAACCUCUUAAUUAUUUAAAUCAAAGUCUCUCUUCUUUCACUUUA